AUGGCUUUCCUUCAGAGAAACGAAAUUGGUAUCAAAGAUAUUGGUCGCAGCGUGACAGUGCCUGGCAAUGAUGUGGCAAAAUUGAUGUACUAUCUUAAUUGUGUUUGUUUCUCAAUAGAUUGCAAUGAUGAUCCAGAUAUACGUCGUCUAACUAAUUAUGAUAAUUGGUCAAGUUUGUCAGUAGAUGAACAAAAAAAACUGCUCGUUCUUUGCUAUGCUUUUAGCCCAGAUGUCUUCGACAAUAAAGUCUUCUUUCAGAGUGAUGCAUUGUGUCAAAAUUCAUCGAAUAAAUUCUACGAAAUCAGUCAAAUUCGUCACCAAGUUCUCGCUGUUUCAACCAUUGUGGUUGCUGGUCGUGCUCGACAAGUGAACAAGAUUAUGACGUACACGAUGUCAUGGAUGCGUUUAUACUAUCUUGAGCCAAUGCAACGGUUGGCUAAACGUUUAGCAGACCAGCAACCGCAACGUCAACGCCAAUCAUCGACUUGUAUUAUCUCAUAA